AUGUCAGCCAAGAUUUAUACUUACGAGGAAAUUGCAAAGCACAACAAGCGUGAAGACUUGUGGAUGGUCAUCGAUGCCAAGGUGUAUGACAUUACUCCCUUCGUUGAUGAGCACCCUGGUGGUGAAGAAGUCCUUAUCGAUGAAGGUGCAAAGGAUGCCACUGGUCCUUUUGAAGAUGUCGGUCACUCUCCUGAUGCUCGUGACCUCUUGGAAAAGUACUAUAUUGGUGAUGUCGAUCCUGCCUCGGUUCCUGUGCAAACUACUUCUACUACUACAACUACCAGUGGUCAGGCUCCUCAGGGCAAUGCUUUACGUAUCCUCCUCCCUCUUGUGGUGUUGCUCGCAUGGGCCUAUUACCGUUUCCUCGCCUAA